AUGGAGGGUGGGGAAUGCAUUCAAGGUGGAGGAGACCCAUCAGAGUUCUUCUCUGACAGGAACUCUAAGGAUGGCAGAAACGGAAGCUGCAGCAAAGACUCCAACGUUACUGCCAACACUGGAAUCAGCAAAGACUCCAGCAAUUAUGCAACUCCUCUCGUGGCUCACCUGCACCAAUAUGAUAAGGAUAAGGGAUGA